UCUUCGUCUCUUCCUCCUCAUCCCCUUCCUUUUACCCCACCUCACCUCACCUCAUCAUUUCCCCUCUCCUCUCCUCCCAUCUCGUCGUCUCGACAGCAGAACCACCGUGUCGCCACCGCCGCGGCCGAUCCGACCUGGCGGCAGCUCCGGCGACGCGGCCACUCCCUCGUUUUUCGGCCGCGGUGUCGUUUUCGUUGGCGGUGGUGGAUCGGGCGCGAAGACGUCCUUGCGUUGAGGGCGGGUUACCGCGGCCGCAGGGAGACUUGAUGGCGGCGGAGGCGGAGGCGGAGACGGCGGUGGCUUCGGCUUCGGGAUCGGGGAUCUGGUCGCGGCGGCGGGACGAGAUCACGUUCGAUCGCCUCCAGAAGUUCUGGAAUGACUUGCCUCUUCAAGCACGACAGGAGCUCCUCAAAUUGGAUAAGCAAACCCUCAUUGAGCAAGCACGCAAGAAUUUCUACUGUUCAAGGUGCAAUGGGUUGCUUCUGGAAAAUUUCAAGUCACUGCAGCAAGAAGUUUCAGAUAUUGAUUGUCUGAGCGCAGUUAGUGAUUCAAGGAGUAGGCAUAGGGAACAAGAUUAUUCUCAGGAUCCAUCAAUUCAUCCUUGGGGAGGCCUUGCAACAACAAAGGAUGGUGUCCUUACACUUAUUGGCUGCUUUGUAAAAGCAAAGUCACUACGGGUGCUCCAGAAUGUAUUUGAUAAUGCACGAUCAAGAGAGAGGGAACGAGAAAUGCUUUAUCCCGAUGCAUGUGGUGGGGGUGGCAGAGGAUGGAUUAGCCAAGGGAUGGCUAGUUAUAGCAGGGGUUAUGGAACUAGAGAAACAUGUGCUCUGCAUACUGCCCACCUUUCAUGUAACACGCUGGUGAAUUUCUGGUCAGCACUAUGUGAACAAACUAGAUCUUCUCUUCUGCGGAUGAAGGAGGAAGAUUUCAUUGAAAGACUAAUCUAUAGGUUUGACAGCAAGAGAUUUUGCCGAGAUUGCCGAAAGAAUGUUAUCCGUGAAUUCAAGGAGCUGAAGGAACUGAAACGCAUACGAAGGGAACCUCGCUGCACCAGUUGGUUCUGUAUUGCGGAUACUGCUUUUCAAUGCGAGGUGUUCGAGGAUGCCAUCAUAAUUGAUUGGCACCAAUCUUUGUCAGAGACAAAUGGAUCUUAUCAUCAUUUUGAAUGGGCUAUUGGGACAGAUGAAGGACAAUCAGAUGUUUUUGGCUUUGAAGAUGUUGGGAUGAAGACCCAAGUUCACAGAAAUGGGAUUGAUCUUGACCAGUUUGAAGAUUAUUUCAUAACUUUGAGAGCUUGGAAGCUUGAUGGCCGCUAUACGGAGUUGUGUGUAAAGGCACAUGCAUUGAAGGGCCAAUCUUGUGUCCAUCACAGGCUGGUGGUUGGGGAUGGCUUUGUGACGGUUACAAAGGGUGAAAGUAUAAGAAGUUUAUUUGAGCACGCUGAAGAGGCCGAGGAAGAGGAUGAAGAUGAGGCCAUGGACAGGGAUGAACAUGAUCUUGAUGGUGAUGGCUCUCACCCGCAGAAGCAUGCAAAGAGCCCUGAACUGGCAAGAGAAUUUCUUUUGGAUGCUGCUGCAGUGAUAUUCAAAGAACAGGUUGAGAAGGCCUUUAGAGAAGGCGCAGCUCAGCAAAAUGCACAAAGUGUUUUUGUGUCUCUUGCGCUAAAACUUCUGGAGGAGCGAGUUCAUGUAGCAUGCAAAGAAAUUAUUACAUUGGAAAAACAGAACAAGCUCCUUGAGGAAGAGGAGAAAGAAAAGCGUGAAGAACAAGAGCGCAGGAUGAGGAGGAGAACAAAAGAGAGAGAAAAGAAGCAAAGGAGAAAGGAGAGGCUGAAAGAGAAGGAAAGGGACAAGGAGAUAAAGCUAGUUGAAUUCAAAUCAUCAGACAAUAUUUCAUCUUCAACUCUAAGCAAUUCCUCAACAUGCACUACCGAUGAAUUUGGAAAUACUUUCGGCUCGAGAGAUUCAGCUAGUGAAGAGGAAAACAAUUCCAUGGUCGUGGAUAUGUUCACUGCUGACACUUGUACAGAUCAAUCUUCAUGCAGAGAAAUUAUUGGAGAAAACAUUGUGGACUGCUGCAGUAUGGUUACCAAACGUCCUUCAGUAAAUAGCAGUGAAUCUUUCACAUCCGAGCAUUCAAAAUCAUCAAGACGAAAUUUGAGGUUGAGAAAGGAAGUUCCUCAAGAUAAUUCCUCCUGUCGGUAUGAUGAUGACCGAAAUGAAUUUGGGAGCAUUGACAAUUUGCAGGCGCAAUCAACGGAAAGGAUGAGAAAUGAUGCUAGAAUCUGUAACUCAGUGUUUAGUACAAAUAGCAGAACAAGAGAUAGGCAGGAUUACAAUUCCUGCAGCUGUAACCAUCAGGAAGGUUAUAGAACUGAGGACGGCUGUUUUUCGCCAACAGUUACAUCAGGUCGGGAGAUGAAGAUAGCAAGAAAAGCAGGAGUUGAUAAGCUUACAGUGCAGUACUGCCGUGUUGAUGGUACACGGGAGAGAAAUGCAGUUCAAAAGCUAGUAUGGGAGCGAACUGACACCCCAAAGAAGACUUGCUUACAUGGCACAAAUGAUACGUCAGGAUCAGUUGACAAAGCCGAUUCAUCUAAACCAGUGGAGUGUGAUAUCAGUGGGUGUCAAAAGCUUGACACGGGAUGUGAACCAUUGAGUCAGGCUUCUGAAAGGCCCAGUGAUGUUCAUAAAUCAGAAACAAAUCAGUCAUAUGAACAUAGUGAGAAAACUCAAUCUGCUUGUCAUGAUGGAACUCCUAUGAUGAAUAAACAGACCUGCUACUCAAGAGAUAAUGGAAGUUCUAGGCAUGACGAAGAGCUGACGACGAAUUCUGCCAGUUCUGAUGGCUCAUCUUCAUGUAUGACUGAGGCAGAUAGAGAAAGCAGUUCAAGCAGUAUGACCUCUUUGAGCGCUCAUAAUCCAGAAUCAUCAUCAUCUGACUCAGAGGAAUCUUCUGAGAGAGUCAACAACAUUACAGAAGCUCCAUCAACAAGAACUGCUUCACGUUCGUUACUUGAGACAUGUGCAGGAAAUGGUUUCAGAGAGUACCACCCAAAAGUCAGAUGCCCGCCUCGCAACGACAGAUUUGGUCACAACGUACCCCCAUUCCAGGAUCAGUUAUUGCAUCACCGGAACAUGCAUCUGCCUCCAUAUUCACUAGCCUCAGUGGGGCCCCACAGCCAUUCUUGCGCUGCUCCAAUAAAUGGAUAUUUCCAGUAUGGUCAGCCUCCCAAUUUUUUCUCUAGUCCACUUGGAUUCCGAGUACCUGGGAACCGAUCUCCUGAUUUCCCAGUGCAGUACAACAAUGUGCAUCGUUACCCAGCUCCUGCUUUUAGUUGUAUUCAGCCAGAGCCAAUUCACAAGAAGUCGACAAGCUUCAGAGUCAUGCCUCCACCGCCAUCUUACAGACAUGGAACAGGGCAGAUAGGCAGCCAUACUCAUGGAGACUUGAAUCCAGACAGGCAUAAUUCUGUGUUGAAGCCGAUGGGCCUGAAGGAUGCUGCACAAGGUGAUAGCAAAAUGCAGGACAGAAGUGCAUCCUUCUCAUUGUUCCAGUUCAACCUGCCAAUAGCUCCACCAGCCCCACCAUUAUCCAAAGAUGGUAAGAGUGGAGAGAUUGUGGCAAGAACGCCAUUUGCUCCGGUUCAAGCUCAGCCUUGCUCUAGGGAGCAGACAGAUGUGAAGGAGUAUAAUCUGUUUUCCACGGAUCAAACCGGCUAUUUCCAUUUAUCUAGAUAAAAGAAUCGCAUGUGGAAGAUGUGGAAGACGUGCUCUUCCCAUUGCUGCUGCAUACUGUUGGUGCUAUACAUGGUGAGUGAUUGUAUUAUCCAAACGAAAUAAAAGAUGCUUUGAGUGUUUUGAGUGUUUUUUCCUGUAAGUUUAUCUUCCCUGUCUCUUUCUUGUUUUUUGUUCCUAUCCUUGGUUUCCUCUUCAUGUGUAUGAAAAGCUAGUGUAUCAUAUAGCCUUCUGAUUUCUCAGUAUGUGGUAAAUAUACAGUUACUUUUUUCUUCA